CCCUCUCCCUACCCAGCCUCUGUUAUUUUUUUCUCCUCCUGUUAGCUUUUUUCCCAACCUCUCAGCAUCCUCAGCUCUGUGUAGGUUAGAGCCGCAGUAGCAGCAGCAGCAGCAUCCAUGGCUUAAGCUCGAACUCUGAUCGACAGCUAGUCUAGCCCCUACCCCUCCUCUUUUUUUCUGUCUCCCUCUCUGUCUCUCUCUCUGUCUCUCUCUCUCUCUCUUUCUCUGUGUAUGUAUAUCUCCCUCCUGGGCUCGUUGACAGGAGACCUCUGGGGGUGUUGGAGAUUCACAGUUAGCCAGGGCGUUAGCCACUAGCACACAGCUGCUCUGCUGUCCAUCAGUUCUACAGUAUAUCUGUAACCGGGGGCUUCUUUUCUUCUCCCCCUCCCUACACAUCCUGCUUUCAUUUCAGGUUCCUUGGAGUUAGAGGAAUGCAAAUCUGCAAACAUGAUGGAAGGAUUGAAAAAGCGUACCAGGAAGGCCUUUGGGAUACGGAAGAAAGAGAAAGACAAUGACUCCGCUGGGUCACCAGACAGAGAUGGGGGUGAACCCCAAGAGGUUGAAUCGUCUCAGAAGAAGACAAAUGGGGCCCCAAAUGGCUUCUACGGCGAUAUCGACUGGGACAGAUAUAACUCGCCGGAGGUGGAUGAUGAGGGAUACAGCAUCAGGCCUGAAGAAGAGUCAGAAGAGGGAGCGCCUACCACCAAAAAAGCCCACUUCUUUUCUUCUGAUGAGUCGGAGGAAGAGGAGGACCACAGGAAAAAAUUUAAAAUCAAGAUCAAGCCACUGCCACCUGAUCGUGUGGUGACAGCGCCGUCAGUCGAUGAGCUCAAAGCCUCCAUAGGAAACAUCGCUCUGUCCCCAUCUCCACUGAGGAGUCCGAGACGUAGUCCGGGUCUGAAAAGGAACACAUCCAGUGAAGAAAUUGCCAGACCAAGACGAGUUGUCACGACUAUACCCAGUGUGCCCCACCCUCCACCCCCAGCACCACAACCCCCCAGUCAAGAACCACCAGUCGCUGAAGACACCACAGCCUUAUUUGGGCCUCCGUUAGAAACAGCCUUUGGAGAACAGAAAACUGAAGUGGUUCUUUCUGAGUCUGACGUAUGGGGGACUCCUCUGUCAGGGACUGAGUCUUCUUUGUCAAGAUCCUUCCCCACAGGAACUCCACCACCACUCCCACCCAAAUGUGUCCCGACAUCUCCUCCAACAGCUAACCCUCCAUCUGCAAAUGAAACAGAGGUGUCAGCAGAACCUCAUGGAUCUACCAGGAAGCCUUCGAUAGCUGACCUUGAUAACAUUUUUGGGCCUGAGCCGGCUGCCCUUGAUGGUGGUGACGAUGCAGGAGAAUCCUGGGUGUGCUUCAGUGAAGAGUCUGCGGAUCGUCUGACUCAACCGACAGACUCUGCACCCCCGCUCCCCACCUCCCCGCCACCAGAGGAACCAGCACCUGCUUUACCAGCCUCCCCUCCUCCACCUGAAUCGCCAGCCCCACCCUUACCUACAUCACCACCCCCUCUAGAAGAAGACUCUGCACCGUCUCCUCCGCCCUCCGCUCCACCAAAAGAAGACACUAUUCACCCUCCACCCACCUCCCCACCUCUCUCAGAAGAGCCUGUUGCACCGCCUGUCCGUUCAGGUCCCAGCACACCUGAAGAGCAAAAUCUGGACGCAUCUGGCACGUCUCCAACCCAAGCAUCACAGGAGUUUGCAUCUCCCUCUGCUUCCCUUCCACUGGUUGACUCCUCGACCAGUUUACCACCAGCUCCUGCCCCUAAAGCAGCAACCCCUCCAGCAGUGAGCCCUCCUGCUGAACAACCUGCGACAUGCACUGUCUCGCCGCCACUUCUUUCGAGAGAGGAAGACCCCAAAAACUCAGACGCCACUCAACUUAAAGAGAAUGGAGGUGAAACUGCCACCUCGCCCAAAGAAGCUAACCAGGGCAGUCGGAGUACUCCGCCCCCACCUCCUCCUCCAACGUACCGAGCUGUGGUUUCGUCACCUGGUCCGACAUCAGGCCCAGGUGGCACCAAUAGUGGUUCCUCAUCACCAGUGCGACCUGCUACUCCUUCAUCAGUUAACCCCACCCCUCCUCCACCUCCACCCCGCCCACCUUCACGCCCUAAACUUCCUCCAGGGAAGCCUUCUGUAGGAGAUUUGAAUCGCCCAUUCAGCCCCCCCAUCUACUCGGCCAGCCCUCCUCCCAUCGCCCCACUGGCGCGAGCCGAAAGCACCUCUUCUAUCUCUUCCACCAACUCCAUGAGUGCCGCCACCACCCCCACAGUCAACAAGGAACUCUCCGUGUCUGUGACAGAAGAUGAUGCUUUUGUAGAAAAACUUCCCACAUUUGAGAGACACUUUGAUUCAUUUGCAGAGAAUGACCAGCCAUCCCUUGUAUGGUUUGACAGAGGGAAGUUUUAUUUAACCUUUGAAGGCUGCUCCCGAGGGCCCAGUCCUCUCACAAUGGGGGCUCAGGACACCCUCCCAGUUGCUGCUGCAUUCACAGAGACAGUCAAUGCCUUCUUUAAAGGAGCUGAUCCCAGCAAGUGUGUUGUGAAGAUCAUAGGUGAGAUGGUUUUGUCGUUUCCGGCGGGAAUCACACGGCACUUUGCUAAUAACCCGUCCCCUGCAGUGCUAACCUUCAGCAUAACCAACUACAGCCGACUGGAGCAUGUGCUGCCUAACCCCCAGCUCCUCUGCUGCGACACCACCACACAAGCUAAGGCUGACUCCAAGGAAUUCUGGGUGAACAUGCCAAACCUGAUAUCCCAUCUGAAAAAAGUGGCAGAGCAGAAGCCUCAAGCCACAUACUACAAUGUGGACAUGCUCAAGUAUCAGGUGUCAUCGCAGGGCCACCAGUCAACUCCUCUGAACCUGGCAGUGAACUGGAGGUGUGAGCCCAACAGCACCGACCUGAGGAUAGACUACAAAUACCACGGGGAGGCCAUGUCCUCGCCAAUGGCUCUCAACAACGUGCAGUUCCUUGUUCCUGUUGACGGAGGCGUUUCGAAGCUACAGGCGGUCUUGCCCCCUGCAGCAUGGAAUGCAGAGCAGCAGAGAAUUCUGUGGAAGAUUCCUGAUAUCUCACAGAAAUCUGAAAACGGAGGUGUGGGAUCGUUGUUGGCGCGCUUUCAGCUAACAGAAGGUCCGAGUAAACCAGCUCCACUGGCAGUGCAGUUCACCAGUGAGGGCAGCACCCUGUCGGGCUGCGACAUCGAACUCGCCGGGCCGGGGUAUCGCUUCUCUCUCGUCAAGAAGAGGUUUGCUGCAGGAAAGUACCUUGCUGACAACUGACCCACCUUACUGAGAACGGCACUGUUGAACAAAUCGAGUGCAGCGCACCGAGGUUGGCACUGAGGGCGGAGGACAGACCCACACCAGACAGACACCACCCUUUUCUGAACCCACACCGCAGGUCCUCAGCCUACUCAGCAGUAUUGUAUAACUCACAUAUAGCAUUGUGGAACUGUUUUAGGUCACGUAAUUUCUGUAUUUGUGUUCAUUCCAUAACAUCUGUAUUGCUGCAGUUAGAUACCUGGGUUCUCCCUCCCUCUAAGUCUGUGCCUCUGUCUAAAUCCUCCUGAUCAAUGAGUGGUGGUGAUUGUAAAGCUUCACUGCAGCUGCCUGACUAACACAGCGGAUAGCUCCAAAUAUUGACAUGUUGCUUAUUGUCCAAAACAAAAAAACAAAAAAAAAAAACUUUUUGCUGUAAAAGCCUCUUUGAAUAAGAUUGUUGUGGUCAGACGAUGCACCUUGACUUCUUACAAACGCAAAGUUAUUGUAGGGACACUUUCGUUAGCAGCAAAAACCACAACGAUACGAGAAAACCCUCCCGCAAGGGGCCUGAGCUGACGCCUCAGGUUAUGCACUCACUUAGCUGGAGGGGUGCGUUUGUCGUCUGUGAUUGUGUGCAAUCACAUGAAAAUCAAGUAGCUGCAAGCAUCACGUACUGGUAUAACAGGGUCACAUGACUUUGGAUUACAUCCCCUUUGAUUCCACUGCACUUGACAGCCAACCAAGCUGUUUUUUUAUUCCCUGAACAGACACGCGGGAGGUUUUCCAGCAUGUUAGGCAGCUGCAAUGACGAGUCAGUUCACUGGUUGCAUAAUAAGAAAA